AUGUUAAUAAUUGGAGCAAUCCUCAUCUCAGUUGAACUAACAUUAGGAAAAUUGACGGUUAUAGCUCCAUAGGAAUUAAAAUAAGAAUUGGAUCAAAGGAGUGGAGAUAUAUAAUAUAGCAUAGCUAACUUUGGAAAUAUACCUUGGGGUCGUAGAUUAAGUGGGACUCUUGAUAUUGCAAAUCCUUUAGAAGCUUGCACAGAACUUAAUUAAACUGUGAAGAGCCACUUUGUAUUAAUAAAAAGAGGAAAUUGCUCUUUCGUGAAAAAAGUUAGACAGGCAUAAAAUGCAGGAUAUUAAUUAGCAAUAAUAGAGGAUGAUAAGGGUGAAUUAAAUCAUACCAUAACAAUGUUUGAUGACGGGACAGGAUAUGGAUUAUAAAUCCCUAGCAUUUUUAUAUCGAAACAAGACGGAGAAAUAUUAACAAAAUAUUUGAGGAUGCCAAAAUCAAACUUGGAGACUGAAUAAAUUCAAUUACUCAUCAAAUUUGAUGUUCGUAAAAAAAAUAACGUAACUGCUUUGUUUGCCUUGAAUAUAACAUCAGAAGAAACAUAUAAAUUUUUGAGAGAAUUUCAACCUUAUUAUCAAAAAUUGAAAAAUGAAUAAAUUUAAUACAUUGUAAUGUAUCCAUUGUAUCAAAUUGUUCCAAAUCCGGAUAAACCGAUUGAGUAUUAAAAUUGUAUAUCAUAUGGUAAAUACUGUUCACGAGAUCCUGAUGGAUCAGGAAUAGCAACAGGCAGGAUGGUUGUGGAAGAGAUACUUAGAUAAUUAUGUAUCUUUGAACAAAAUUCUGAGAAAUGGUUGGCUUAUAUGAUAUCAUUCAGAGAUAAUUGCACAUCAGCAUAAUAAUAUGAAAGUUGUUCACCUCUAGUCUAAGAAGAAGUUGGAAUCAAUUAAUAAAAGGUAGAAAAAUGCAUAAGAGAUUAAUAAGAAAGUCAUUCAUUUUCAAUAAAGAAUGAAACCAGUAAUUACAAGUAGCACAAUAUUUUGGAGAAUUAAUUAUAUUUAUGGUAGGCUUCUGGUGUAUAAUAACUGCCAGGAAUCAUAAUUAAUUAAUAGGAUUAUUUAGGACAAAUCACUGGCGCUAAUGUUUUUCUUGACAUUUGUUAUAGCUUUACAACAACGCCUGCAUCUUGUGGCGAAUAUAUUGAUGGAUAAACUAAGUAACAAGAUUCAUCAUCAAAUCUUUAUUUGACUAUAGGUAUUAUUAUAUUCGUCAUGCUCAUAUUUUUUAUACUUCUCUUUUGUGUUUACACAAGAUUAAUUCAAAAAGAAUUUAAGGAGAGUAGUUAGGCAUAGGUCAAUGAAAUGGUGACAUAAUAUAUAUAAUUUUAUGAAUCCAAGGAUAAGAAGAGCAAAGAAGCCAUAUGA